CCAGUCUCUUUGAACCGAACUCCCGACGGUGGAAAGUAGGAUCACCGGCGCAGUGAUUAACUCGGAUACGCGGCGCUGCCGGGACCCGGUGGCGGUGCUCCCCCUCCCCAACGAGGAUGCCUAAGGAUCGAUCGUAACCGGAAAUCGAGCGGGACCAGGGGGAAUAUCGAGACGGUCCGGUGGCAGAGCCAAAAAUCGAGCGAGAGGCCAACCGACGCAACGAAUAUGAAGUCGUCCGACGCUUAGCCGGUGGUUUCGGGCCUCGAACAAGCGAUGAAUUACUCGCGGGAGGUUCGCCGAGUAAAAACCUGAAUUCUUGCGUCUGCUGCGGAACGAGAGAGAACGAAGAACCGAGGGAACGUGAAGAGAGAGAGAAAGAGAUAGGGAAAAGAGCGCGACGACGACAUGUCCGAGGAACAACGCGGAGAACUGGGUACAACCGAUCGGAAUUAUACGAGGCUGGAUGGACCGAUUCAGGGGAAUCAGACCGUGGAUCAGCUUGACAGCAUCCCGGAAUACCUAAACGUCACGCUGCGCGAUGUCAACGGGACGAAAGAGAUCGACUCAUUCUACUUCUACGAGACGGAACAAUUCACGGUCUUGUGGCUGUUGUUCGCGAUGAUAGUCGUGGGUAACAUCGCGGUGCUAAUUGGUCUGUUAUGGGGCAAACGGCGGAAAACGCGGAUGGACUUUUUUAUCAAGCAGCUAGCAUUUGCGGAUUUAUUGGUCGGCCUGAUAUCCGUGCUAACGGAUAUAAUUUGGCGGACGACGGUGACCUGGCACGCGGGCAACGUAGCUUGCAAGCUGAUAAGGUUCAUGCAAGUUGUCGUUACCUAUAGCUCCACGUACGUGCUCGUCGCUCUCUCCAUUGACAGGUACGACGCCAUCACCCGACCGAUGAACUUCACUGGCAGGUGGUGGAGAGCCAGAGCUUUGGUGAUUGCCGCCUGGAGCCUGUCCGCGCUCUUCAGCAUCCCCAUCAUCUUCCUCUACGAGGAGAAACCUAUACAGGGGAAGACUCAGUGUUGGAUAGAACUGGGCUCGCCAACGCUUUGGAGGAUCUACAUGAGCCUGGUCAGCGUUACCCUCUUUAUAGCUCCUACGCUGAUAAUAGGAGGCUGUUACGCUGUGAUCGUGGCUACUAUAUGGUCGCAGGGAGGGGCGUUACGCCAGGGGCCUACCAGGGACACGAGAAGAGCCUCGUCCAGAGGACUGAUUCCUAGAGCGAAGGUGAAGACGGUCAAGAUGACCCUCGUGAUAGUAUUCGUAUUCAUUCUCUGCUGGAGCCCGUACAUAGUGUUCGACCUCCUUCAGGUUUAUGGAUACGUGCCGGAAACGCAGACGAACAUCGCCGUGGCCACGUUCAUUCAGAGCUUAACACCCCUAAACUCCGCUGCCAAUCCGAUUAUAUACUGUCUCUUCAGCACGUCCUUCUGUAAAACUGUACGGAACAUGCAGGCGAUCUCGUGGGUUUCCGGGUGGUGCGCGACGAAUCCCCAUCACUGCUUCGGGACUGGUGGCCCGAACAGCAGCACCAGAACGACAGUGACAACAUCCCUGACGGCUCAUUCUUCGCGAAGGAGCGGUCAUAUCGCGAUGCUCCACUCGACCGCCAGGAAACGGGUGAUGGUAUCCCUGGUAUAAAAAGUGAACGAUGUAAACGUCAUCCCAGCAUCUAGGUUGAUCCCCUCGGAUCGAGCUGGGAGCUUCGUUGCUCCGAUGCCUCGUCGUUUAAAGCUUCGACGAGGAGACCACGUAUGCGCCGCAUCUCCGACAUUAUGUUCCAUCGAUACGAGCCAUCGAGGAUUCCCUCCCCUGAGAACGUUGUCGCCUUUUUUACACACUGGAAACAUCGAAGGAUCGCAACGCUGCGAACAGACCACUCAUCCCCGUAAUAGUUG